UGUAGCAACAAAACCCGGGUAUUUUUCACCAGUUCGGUGUCUUUUUUGCAGAGUGGUUUGAUCAGCUGUUUGUUUUUGGAGGGGUCGACCUUUUUGGGAACAUUACCGGCUGUAAUUCAGCCGUUUAACCCCGAACCUCCCGCCCGUUCUACGGUCCAACAUGGAGAGCAGAAAACGACCGUUGGAGGCGGUUUUGACCCCCGAUGACAGCUUCAAAACGCCGGAGAAGAGAGUGUCGGAGCCCCGGCUGCAGGAGUCUGACUACAUGCGAUGGGGAGUGGAGCAAACGUGUCGGUACCUGCGAGCAGAAGGUCUCGGAGAUUGGGAAGAUACAUUUAGAGCGCAAAAGAUCACCGGGGUCGGGCUGUGGUACCUCAAGGAUGCUGAUCUGGAGAAGAUGGCUUUGCAGUGCCUUGGUGACCGUCUGCGAGUUCAUCACAGCCUCAGGAAGCUGUGGCAGAUAGAAGCACCGCCGAACAAGGUAACAGCGUCACACGUUCAGGGCCACAGCGCUGAGGAAGCUAUAACAGAACCAAGGAGAGGAACCUGUGGGAUAAACCACAAGGACGGGAAGAUUGUUUUGUUCCUCAAUAACGAAAAUAAUCCACAUUGCUUUAUUACUCUUGUAUGUAAACAAAAAGUCUUUCAUGAGCACAAGAAGUUCUAAAAUCAGCUAAACAAAGAUCUCAGUGAUCAUCUUUCAUUGAUGAUUCUGUUCUUCUGAUCAAACUCCAUAUGACAUCACUGACGUAUGACAUCACUACCGUAUGACAUCACUACCGUUACCUG